AUGUGGCAUUCAAUCAGAGGAAAUGCUACGUAUGAGGACAGUACCAGAAUAUUCUCAAUGGCCGAGUGCUCGAGAUUCACAUGUGACAACUGUAUGAAUAUCAAAAUGGAAAUUGAACUGCUUCAGUAUUAUGUGCACAUCGAGUUUGUGGUACGACUGCGAGCCGAUGGAGAGGUCAAACAGAAGGAACCGGAUUCGUUGAAA